AUGUUUUUGUUCGAGUUUCGGUUAGGCGAUCUUGAGUUACCAGUCCUGAGCUCACUAUGCGAUGAUGCUCUGUAUCGAUCAAGUCGACCUUGCAUCGUACAAAACCUCUUUCGCAAUACCCAAAGCAAGUAUUUGUCAUUCGGGGAGCACGGGUGGCACUGCAAAACAGCAAAUCCGUCUUACACCGAGGGCGUAGGCAAAGAGGAAAUCGCCAAUUAG